CAGAUGUCCGCCAAGUACGCCUUCUCACAAGCUAUCAAAGAAGUCCGCUUCCACUUCUGCCAAACCUCCGAAACCUCCAACGGGGUCCGAGAAUUCCUCCAAAAAUCCUACCCAGUCAUGAAAAAGCACAACCCCACAACCCCAAUCCUGAUACGCGAGGCAUUCGGUGUCCCGGCAAAGAUGUACGUCAGAUACGAGAUGGGACGUGAGGAGAAGAAGAGUUUGGAUGGGUUGGGGAAGGCGAAUGUUGAGAAGGAGGUUUCGGCUGUGUUGAAGGCGUAA